CACACGUUCACACAUACAUUUCAGACAACAUUACCAAAUCUCUCUCUCUUCAUUCUCAAAUUUCACAAACUUCUUGUGAUUUCUCUAACAUGGAAGCUCUGAGUAGUGUGGACGAGAGCUCGACAAGUACAGUUUCCAUCCACACUCCGGCAAAGAUUCCACCGCCGCCGCGGACGGUAAAUUCAUCUUCUCCGGCGAGUUUAUACAGAAUGGGAAGUGGGUCAAGCGUGGUUCUUGAUUCCGAGAACGGCGUCGAAGCAGAAUCAAGAAAGCUCCCGUCGUCAAAGUUCAAAGGCGUCGUCCCUCAGCCAAACGGAAGAUGGGGAGCUCAGAUAUACGAGAAGCACAAACGCGUGUGGCUCGGGACAUUCAACGAAGAAGAAGAAGCGGCGCGUGUCUACGACGUCGCCGCUCACCGUUUCCGCGGUCCUGACGCCGUUACUAACUUCAAACCAGACUUGACGUUAGGUAACGGUGACGGUGACGACGGAGAGGAAGUCGAGUUCUUGAACGCACAUUCGAAAUAUGAGAUCGUUGAUAUGUUGAGGAAACACACGUACAAAGAAGAGUUAGAGCAGAGGAAACGUAAACGUAACGGUAACGGAGACGACGCGAGAGAGACGGCGUUAACUAACGUUACGGUUGGGACAGGGUUUAAAACGGCGACGUCUCUGUUUGAGAAAACGGUAACGCCGAGUGACGUCGGGAAGCUAAACCGUUUAGUGAUACCGAAACACCAAGCGGAGAAACAUUUUCCGUUACCGUUAUCUGGGUCCGUGAAGGGGACGCUGUUGAGUUUCGAAGACGUUAACGGGAAAGUGUGGAGGUUCCGUUACUCGUAUUGGAACAGUAGUCAAAGCUAUGUGUUGACUAAAGGUUGGAGCAGGUUCGUUAAAGAGAAGAGACUCUGUGCCGGUGAUUUGAUCAGUUUUAGAAGAUCUAACGGUCAGGAUCAACAGUUGUAUAUUGGGUGGAAAUCAAAGGCCGGAUUUGAUCAGGAUACGGGUCGGGUUGUGGUGAGAUUGUUCGGCGUUGACAUUGCUUCGGGUAAGUCUCGAAACGAUGUCGUAAAGAAGGAAGACACGGAGAUGUAGUUGAGUAAUAAGAAGCAACGCCUUGUAACUUACAAUUUAACAACUCUCUUUGUUUUUUCUUGGGUUCAAAACUCUCUUUGUUUUUCUUGUUGUUUCUUGGAAAAAACCUUUAAAUUUUUAUCUGUUAAAUACUUAAGAGCCAAGUGAGUAGUGAACAUUUAUUUUCCUUUUUUUC